AUGGUGUCCACCUCCGGGUCAAGGCAGAAAUUCAUCGAGAACGUCCUAGGCUUUCUCGCCCAGUAUGGGUUCGACGGCGUUGACUUCGACUGGGAGUACCCCGGUGCAGAUGACCGUGGCGGGAAGGAGGGCGAUGGGAAAAACUAUACCAAGCUAUUGCAGGAGCUUCGAGCGGCCAUCAACACUGCUGGCAAAGACUACCUGGUAACCUUCACAGCACCGACUUCAUACUGGUAUCUGCAACAUUUCGACCUGGAAAAUAUGAGCCAGUAUGCGGACUGGAUCAAUCUCAUGGCCUAUGAUCUUCACGGGGUCUGGGACUCCAACAACCCGAUUGGCAGCACGCUUCUCGCUCAUACUAAUAUAACAGAAAUUGAUCUAGCUCUCGAUCUCCGCAGGAACAUCCCGCCCCGGGACAUUGUCCUCGUGGCAGGUGAUGAGGGAGAUUGCACCCAGACAGCGGGACGGCGAUCCCCAGAGAUCAAGGACAUCAUCCAGUCAACUAAUGCUAAGCCCUACCACAACAAGGAUGCUGCCGUCAAUUAUCUAGUCUACGGCCAGAAUAAUUGGGUCUCCUAUGAUGAUAACAAUACAUUCCAAGCCAAGAUUGAUUUUGCCAAUAAACGUGGGCUGAGUGGUUUGAUGAUCUGGGCUAUUGAUUUGGAUGACUCCACACGAUCUGCCCUGAGCGCGCUGACCGGAAACCCAGUAGAAGGUGCUAACCCCUUGGCCCUUGCAGACCUGGCGGGAUCCUCGACCGUAGGCCACUCGACUAGUGACUCGUCCCAGUGUCGGGUAACCGACUGCGGUGGCUUUUGUAAUCAGGCGGAAACUGCUGUUGGCAGAGUCAAAUCCCUCUAUGAUGCAGUGGAGAUGAAACUAAUUCACGUUGGGUCUGCUGUCCAGCAUGGACGAGUAUCACCAAAGACCAGUGCUAUUGGAAUGCUGGCGGUGGCGUCGUGA